UUUUCAUUGGAAAUAUUGUAUUUUUUGUUCCGUUUUCUACAUAUUUUUUUUAUGUGGUGAGAAAAUGAACACAUCCAAAUGUACCAUCGAAACAAUCAAAUUUCUAUUACCCAUCCACAAUCAACUUGCUUGGAGAAAAUAAAGAAGAACGGACACGUCACGGUCUUGAUGUGUUCACCAUAUGAUACCUACGCAUGCUGUACAUGGCUUUUGUGUACAUAGAGGAUAAACUAUCAACCAGAUCGGUCCGAUUUGAUCGUACAGUGUGUGCCGCCUUACAUACACGGAAUGGCGUAAAAAAAAAUGUUCCAUUCCAACGUCAACACUUCCUGUUUCUUGCGGUGCUUAGGCUGGUGGUGGAAUAUGUUAUGAUCGUUAUCAACGCGAGCACGAGCUCGAGCUCGGGAUUGGAAGUAAAACGGCACCGAUAGAUCUGUUCGCUCGACAGCCGCAGCAUACGCGACGAGCGGCAUUACACGUACACACGACUCGUAGCAUAUCUCGCCUCUAACGCCAUAUGCCGCGAACCGAGCGAAACAUUAGACGUGUAAAGGGAUUUGGGCUGCUUAGAAGUGUUCAGUCGUGUGUGGCUAAAACGACGCCCUGGGUGUUGCGAGUGUUUCGUCGUUCUUGUAUGUGAUGCGUCCCACCGUCUGCGGGAAGAUGUUACCGGUUCUGCUGGGAACCGUGAUUGGACUGCUGCUGGUACAGCCACCGGUAGAUGGUGAGUUGUUUACCGCACUGGCCGAUAUGGAGGAGCUGCUCGAAACGGAAGCCGUGCUAAUUACCAACCUGGACAGUUACGUCCAAGCGCAGGAAGAAAAGCUGAUGCAGCUGCGCCGGAAAGUGCACGAGUAUCGGCGCGAACACACGGAAGCAGCCCGAGACGUUAGCGCGUAUCUGUCGAAUCCGGUCAAUGCCUUUCUACUGACCAAGCGGCUCACCACCGAUUGGCGGUACGUGGAAAACCUAAUGGCGUACGAAGUCGGGAAGGAGUUUCUCGAGAACGUGACCAGCUACCGGAGCGUGCUAAAGUUCCCAUCGGAUGAGGAUCUGAACGGUGCGGCGGUCGCACUGAUGCGGCUGCAGGAUACGUACAAUCUCGAUACGGCCAGCCUUGCCCGUGGCAUGCUGAACGGGGUACAGUACAGUACGGAACUGUCCGCGGGCGAUUGUUUCGAGCUCGGUCGCCAAAGUUACCUGAAUGGCGAUUACUAUCACACGGUGCUGUGGAUGCGUGAGGCAAUGGAUCGGUUAACGAGCGAGGUUAAUCGUACCGCGACCAAGGAGGAUGUACUGGAGUAUCUCGCAUUUUCCACGUUUAAGCAAGGUAACAUCCAGACGGCUCUCUCCAUGACGGAAGAGCUGCUCGAGCUAGUGCCGGACCAUGAGCGUGCCGUUAGCAACAAGGCGUACUACGAGAAGGAACUGCAAAAGGAGGCUCAGCAGAAGAUUUUGCGCGGCGACGAUGGUAGCGAGGAGGUACCGAUCGACACUGCCACGAAGAUCCAGAAGGAGGCAACACCGCACGUAUACGACAGCAACGAGCGUAAGCUGUACGAGCAGCUGUGCCGUGGCGAGCAGCAACCGCCGAUCGAACUUCGGUCGCAGCUUGUCUGUCGGUACACCACCAAUCAGUCGCCGUUUCUCCGGAUCGGUCCACUUAAGCUCGAGGAAGCAUACCUCCGGCCGUACAUCGUCGUCUACCAUGAUGUGAUGUCGGAUCGGGAAAUCGAACGAAUCAAGCAGUACGCUCGGCCCCGAUUCCGCCGUGCGACUGUACAGAACUACAAAACCGGUGAGCUAGAGUUUGCGAACUAUCGCAUCAGCAAGUCGGCCUGGCUGAAGGAUGCGGAAGAUGAGAUGAUACGGACGAUCAGUCGCCGGGUCGAGGAUAUGACCGGGCUAACGAUGGAAACUGCCGAAGAGCUGCAGGUGGUGAACUACGGCAUCGGUGGCCACUAUGAGCCACACUUUGACUUUGCCCGCCGUGAGGAACGGAACGCUUUCAAGAGUCUCGGUACGGGUAACCGCAUCGCGACCGUACUGUUUUACAUGAGUGACGUGACGCAGGGCGGUGCGACCGUAUUUCCCGCGCUGCAUCUCGCACUCUGGCCACGGAAAGGGACGGCCGCGUUCUGGUUCAAUCUGCACGCAUCCGGUCGGGGUGAUUAUGCGACCCGACAUGCAGCCUGCCCGGUACUUACCGGCACCAAGUGGGUAUCGAACAAAUGGAUUCAUGAGCGUGGACAAGAGUUUAGGCGACCGUGCGGGUUACACUUAGACCAUUCGGAGGAAGAAUUCUGAUAGUAGUCGGAGGUACGCGCGACACCGGUAGCGAAAGCAAUACCCAACCACCAUGAUCUAAAACCAAACGAAUCUGCCAUAGUGUUUAGUUUCAAUUGUAAUCAAUUUUUACACUCACUCUACGAGUAUUUUUAACAUAGGAUUUAAUUAACGCCCAGAGCAACAAAAAACAUAACAAGCUCUAUCUCUAAGUUUGCCAUCGUUCUCUGUCUCUCUCUAACUAUCGUGUUAGUGCGUUGUAUUUGCAACGUUUUUUUUAAUCAAUAGCAAGCACGUAAAACAGUGAGGCCAAAAAUAGCUUAGUUAGAUGAAAUUAUAUUAAUUUAACGGAAUCUGCUUCAGAUACUGACAUGAUCCAUUUAAGGUAAUUGUUCGGUUUUUUGACUUCCUGUUUGCCAUACUUGUGUUAAAUGUGUAUACCGGUUACUCGCAACGCAUUUAGGUAUAAGUUUAUUUUAUUUAGUACAGUUUUUUUAACAAUCACACAUUUUGCUCCACCUGCUGUUUGCCCUAAAACGAUAUCCAAUCAUUCAUCAGCAUCAUCUUCAAGAGAACACCAAAAUCGAAAACAAGGAUGUUGUAAGCUCCUCAAUAACUACUCUGAAACUUUCCGGAGCGUGGGUGACGAAAAAACAAAAUAUAACGCAAACACACAAACCUUUAAAUUAAGAUGAUGUUUAUAAAGACGUAUUUAGACGAGGUAUAAGAAGUUGUAACUCUUUAUGAUCUUUAUGACAUUUUAAUUAAAGUCGUCUUUGUGUGUGUGUGUAUCUAUUGCGUUGAGUGUUGCGGAGCAAGACUAAACAAAACAAGAGAACAAAACAAUGCCAUACUAAACUUGUGCAAAUAAAUCAAUUUUUAUGUAAAAUUAA